CAUGUGAGAAUGGCUGCGUGUGUGAAGAACAAGGUUUGUGCGCUUGAACAAGUGACUUGAUCAUGCUCUUGUCUAUUAAGAAAAAGGAAGCCGAUCAGGUUGCUAGGCGAUUAAGAGCCACUAUUGUCCUGAGGGACAAUACUAGCUCUGAGAGUGACCUCUCUCUCUUCUUCUUUGCUUUCCUUCCCCACCUUUUUCACACACGCAAACCCACACACACUCCAUUUUUUCUCACCGUACCCCGACCCCCCCAAACACGCACACACAUACACAUUCGUCCCUACUCUGCUUCGGCGGGAGCUGCUAGCCUGCAGGAGGACAGUAAAAGAUGCAGGGGGCCUGUAGCAUUAAAAAAAACUGCAAUCAUUUGCCACAUUGAAGAGAACAAAUGUAUCUGGAGGUGGGAGAGAGAAUGGAAACGGAGAGAGAGGUAGCACAAAAAGCAGAGAGCGAGAGAGAGAGUGGAGAGAGAGCUUGCUGGACCUUGUAAGCUGAACUCAUUGACAGGUUGGUGGGAGGAGAAGCUCCAGGACUUUGGCACUGCCCUCUCUCCUCCUGCUCCUAAAAGCUAGUGUGUCAGUGAAUGUGUGAGUGUGACUCAGUGCCACACACACCAUCGGUGCACUGUGUGUGGGUAGAGAGGAGAUGCUCGCUCUCAGGAUGAGACAGCGUUUCUAACAGGAUCUAUUUGCGGACCGGGGAUAAUUCCGCCGACGCGGCCGAGGGAAGCGAGCCCACCGGAACCGAGCCAAUCCGUCAUGGAGGGGCUGCUGUCGCCGAUGAGGACGCGGAUGACGGAGGGGAGGCGAUGUCAGGUCCACCUCCUGGAUGACAGGAAGCUAGAGCUCCUUGUGCAGCCCAAGUUAAUGUCUAAGGACCUCCUGGACCUGGUGGCCUCUCACUUCAAUCUCAAGGAGAAGGAGUACUUUGGAAUUGCUUACACAGACGAAACGGGCCACUUUAGUUGGCUGCAGCUGGACCGCAGGGUAUUAGAACAUGAAUUCCCCAAGAAAUCAGGGCCCAUUGUUCUCUACUUCUGUGUCAGGUUCUACAUAGAGAGUAUAUCAUACUUGAAAGACAAUGCCACCAUUGAGCUGUUUUUUCUCAAUGCCAAGUCCAUCAUCUACAAGGAGCUCAUUGAAGUGGACAGCGAUGUCGUCUUUGAACUGGCUUCCUAUAUUCUUCAAGAGGCCAAAAGUGAUUUCACCAGUAAUGAGGCAACCAGGUCGGACCUAAAGAAGCUCCCUGCUCUGCCCACCCAGGCCCUAAAAGAGCACCCGUCCCUGGCCUACUGUGAGGAGCGGGUCAUCGAGCACUACAAGAAGCUCAACGGGCAGUCCAGAGGACAAGCUAUUGUAAACUACAUGAGCAUUGUGGAGUCCCUACCCACAUAUGGAGUACAUUACUACGCCGUAAAGGAUAAGCAGGGGAUCCCAUGGUGGCUGGGACUGAGCUAUAAAGGCAUAUUUCAGUAUGACCAUCAGGACAAAGUCAAGCCCAGAAAGGUGUUCCAAUGGCGUCAGUUGGAGAAUCUCUACUUCAGAGAGAAGAAGUUCUCAGUGGAAGUUCAUGACCCCAGGAGUAGGGCGUCGGUGACACGCAGAACGUUUGGCCACAGUGGCAUCGCAGUGCACACCUGGUAUGCCUGUCCGGCCCUCAUCAAGUCCAUCUGGGCCAUGGCCAUAAGCCAACACCAGUUCUAUCUAGACCGCAAGCAGAGCAAGUCUAAGAUCCACGCUGCACGCAGUCUGAGCGAGAUUGCCAUCGACCUCACUGAAACGGGAACGCUGAAAAUCUCCAAACUGGCCAACAUGGGCAGCAAAGGCAAGAUUAUCAGUGGGAGCAGUGGCAGUCUGCUCUCAUCAGCUUUCUCAGCGGGCUCUCAGGAAUCAGACAGCUCCCAAACAGCCAAGAAGGACAUGUUGGCUGCGCUGAGGGCCCGCCAGGAAGCUCUGGAGGAAACGCUGAGGCAGAGGCUUGAGGAGCUCAAGAACAUCUGUAUCAGAGAGGCUGAGCUGACAGGAAAACUUCCCAAGGAAUACCCUCUCGACCCAGGCGAGGAAGCGCCCACGGUGAGGCGAAAGAUUGGUACUGCCUUCAAACUGGAUGAGCAGAAGAUUCUUCCGAAGGGGGAGGAAGAAGAACUGGAGCGGUUGGAGCGGGAGUUCGCCAUUCAGUCGCAGAUUACCGAGGCCGCCCGGCGCCUGGCCAGUGACCCACACGUGAGCAGCAAGAAGCUGAAGAAGCAGAGGAAGACAUCUUAUCUCAACGCGCUUAAGAAGCUACAAGAGAUCGAGAAUUCCAUCAAUGAAUAUCGGAUUCGCUCUGGCAAGAAACCUACGCAGAGGGCGUCGCUUAUAAUUGAAGAGGCCAACCUGGGCUCUGAAGACAGCUCGUUGUCCGAUGCUCUGGUCCUGGACGAUGAAGACUCCCAACUGACCGGGACCCCCAACUUCUCACCAAUGGCGUCACCCCACAAAGGUCUCCCCCCGCGCCCGCCAUCUCACAGUCGUCCCCCACCCCCGCAGUCCCUAGACGGGUUGCGGCACCUGCACUUCGGCCGCGCCGACUACGACAAAUCGCCCAUCAAGCCCAAAAUGUGGAGCGAGUCAUCGCUUGAUGAGCCGUAUGAAAAAGUCAAGAAGCGCUCGUCUCACUCGAGUCACAGAAGAUUCCUGAGCUCUGGCAGCACAGAAGCAGGAGGUAGCAACUCUCUGCAAAGCAGCCCCAUCAGGAGCCUCCCUCAGUGGAACUCUCAGUCCAGCAUGCCGUCCACACCGGACCUGAGGACCCGGACGCCACACUAUGUGCAUUCCACCAGGUCAGUGGACAUCAGUCCCACACGUCUGCACAGUCUCGCUCAGCACUUUAGAAACCGCAGCUCCAGUCUGGAAUCCCAGGGAAAGCUCCUGAUAUCGGACCCAGAUACGCACCCGCACGCCCUGGGCACGCUCGGAAGCCCGGAUUUUUUCCUGGGCCCAACACGCAGUUCCAAUGGCUCCGACCCGCUGGACGACUGUUCCUCCUGCACCAGCCAGAGCAGCUCCGAGCACUUCUACCCCGCCGGCGGGACCUUGGCGCCCAGUAGCAACCCCAACUACUCAACCCUCGGGGAGGACUCUCCCUCCAAAGCCAGGCAGCGGCAGCGGCACAGGUCCGCUGGUCACCUGGGGUCGUCCAACUCUGGCUCAAUGCCAAACCUGGCAGCUAAGAACGGCUCGGUUAGCGGUUCGGGCGGCGGCGGUAUCGGCGGUGGACACCACGGCGUCUACCUCCAUAGCCAGAGCCAGCCGUCCUCCCAGUACCGCAUCAAAGAGUACCCGCUGUACGUGGAGGGCAGCCCCAACCCGGUGGUGGUGCGCAGCCUGGAGAGCGACCAGGAGGGCCACUACAGCGUGAAGGCCCAGUUCAAGACCUCCAGCUCCUACACGGCCGGGGGACUCUACAAGGAGGCCUGGGGAGGGGAGGAGGGCGGCGAGGGCGGCGGGCGACUCACGCCGUCCCGCUCGCAAAUCGUACGGACUCCAUCGCUGGGGCGAGAGGGGAGCAGCGGAGGAGGCGGGAGGGCGGCUGUUUCGGAAGAACUGCGCUGCUGGUACCAGAGGUCGUCCGGGAGCCUGAAGGAGAGGAGUCACUCCCAUUCGGGGUCCACCUCAUCUGAAACAGGGUCACAGCAAGGCACGCUAGGACACGGGCGGGGCAGCAGGGUGGGAACGCUCGCCAAAGGCUCACCAGUCGCGUCCCCACACAGCCAGAGGAGUAUGACGCCCUCCAGCGAGCAUGCAGCCACGCCCCCCUGCAGUCCGCAGCACAUCCUGAACUGGCAAAGCGGGUCGUUCACUGACAGCUGCUUCCUGGGCGGUCCAUCCUGUUCCGAGCUGGCGGAUGUGCAGUGGUACAGACGCGACAAGGCCAAACCUGGAACUCUGGUUUGAGACCUUCCCGAAAAGGCCUCCUCCCCCUUUUCACCGCAUCCCUACUCACAACAGCUGUACGUGGCCCUCCCUCCAUGCCACCGCACCCCCCUCUCCACUCGGGACGUGAGCUACGGAGCCCAGUGGAUGUCAAAGAGAGCCCAGUCUUGUGUGUUUCAAGUUGUUCCCCCUGACCCAGAGGAUUCCUGCUGGUUUUGAGCCACCAGUCCUAAAAACCCAUACAAGUGUGUUGGGUUUCAGUAUUCCCAUUCAUCUUUUAUUUUUCCCUUGCAUAUUUAUUAUCAAACAUGGAGAAGAUGACUUUUCUUAAGAAGAAGGAAAAAAAAAACAAUCUGGCAAAGAUUUAUGACAAAAAUUCCCGUACCGGGUUUUAACCCACAGGCUGGAUGGACUGGUCACCGGUCAUCGAGGAUAGAACGCAAUCUGGACUUCAGCAAUAACAAACAGUGUUGGAUUUGUUCUCAGAAGAGAGACUGCCGACUGUGUCAUGUGCAGAGGAUUUGCAAAUUUGAUGCUUUUGCCUUCCGUUCUGAGCUCACGCUCAUCAUUUCCUAUCCGUCGCUCCGAUGGUUGCAAAAUUAAGAGAAUUUUCAUGGUUCCAAAGUUUCCAUGGGAAUUAACAGGAAUAAACCAGAAAGUUACAACAUUGAAAAUUGGCUCCUGUACUAUUUGGUACUAAAAUUUUAUUUUGCAUCGUUUUAACUAAAACAACCGUUUUGAACUGUCACGCAAUGAAAUUGGAAAAUGUCUUUAUUCUUUUGCAUUGUGCUGCAGGCCAAAAUAAUUGCAAUGACGAAUGAAUGAAUUGUCCAUCCGCCGCCACUCAAGUGAAGUAGAAAAAAGUGGAGCAACACAGGACUGUAAACUGUGACGCAAGUGGGCAAGGACAGUCACCUAAGGUAUUUUGGAUGGAUGUCUGCUUGUGGUAAAACUAAAAUGUUUCUAUUUCUGCAUUAAUGUGAUAGCUAUUCUAUUAAAGUCAACAAUUGCAAGUUAAUUCCCAUGGAAAUUCACCGGAAAUAUUCCAGAAAUUUACCAUGAAUGAGACCCUCGUCACUUGGGUGUAGUCCCGCCUGGACACUCUUCAGUUUGGGAUCUUUGCAGAGCAAGGCAGCUCUUGCUAAUUGACACAUGGCAUGUGAACAAAAGUAUUGGGACAUACGGCCAUUACAAAUACAGGAUGUAGUAGUUUCUCCACAUCAUCUAUUUGAACCACGACUUAACUGGCGAAAAGUUUGACUUUGUUCAUUUUUUUUCUUACUCAAUACUUAGACUGUCUUCUUGGAAAAAUAUAAUUUAAUUUUCAUGAGAUUAUAAUUUAAUCUCUUGCAAUACAACUCUAAUCUUGUAAUAUUUAAAAAAAAAUCAUCUUAAAAUAAGAUAAAUAUUUUUAUAUUAAAAAUAUUACUGCAAUGUUGCAUUGCGACAUUUAAUCUCAGAAUAUUAUGUCAAAAAAACUAUUCGUGUUGUGCUAUAAUUUUCUCUAGACAAAGUAUAAAUUUAAUUUGGAAAUAUUAACUUUUCUUGAAAAAAUAUAAUUUAAUUUACAUGAAACUAAUAUUGUUUUGUGAAAUAAAUACAAAAUUAAUCUCAUAGUGUUAUGAAUUAUUCAUGACAAGAUUUAACUUAAUCCUCAUGAAUUUAAAAACAGUCUGUGGAUUUUUUAUUCUCUGGAGGGGAAAAAAAAAGCAACAAUUAAAAGAUUCACUAUAACCAUUUUAUUCUGUUGGAAUAGUCACAUGUCCGUCACUCGGUCCUUUGUGGGAAUCCAAUGAAAAUGACUGCAAAAUCAUCUAUUUGAACCACCACUCAGUAAAUUACUACUACUUACUAAACUAAUGGCCUUCAACCCAUCCGAGGUGUGUCCCAAGACUUGUGUCCAUAUAGUGCCUGUACACACAUGCACACACACAAACAGUGAGGGUCAGAACACUUGAAUUCAUGGGUGCUACAAUGCUUAGGUUUUUGGGGGUGCCAACCAUAAUGUGGUCACUGUUGGCCUUGAAAAAUAGCAGCCACACAGAUGAGCCAAAGUUCAGAAAGCACAAUUUCACCUCCACUCACAGACAUGUCAUCAGGACUAAAGAAAAGCCAUACAGCCAGGUACACACACAAAAUUUUAACAUCAUUACUCAUUUUUAACAUGUGAGGGAGCUAGCGCACACCAUGUGUUGCAGUACCAACGCUCACCUGUGAGAGGCAGCAUGGAAAUACAAAAGAACAAAUUGUAACCUUAGCUGGUAACUCAUAGGUAACUGCAGACUUCCAUUCAUUACCGUCAGAAAGGUCUUUUCUAGCAUUGAUUGGAAGUGGGGUAAAUGCUCAUAUUUGGUCCGGAUGUCAGUAUGUGUGCGGUACACCCAUUUACCAACGCACUUUUUUAAUAUUUACAAUAGUUGGCCUUGAUUGUUUUCUGGUCUGAUCAGGGAAGAAAAAUCACUCUUAACAUACUUCUCAUUACGGGAUAACCCUCAGGAUCGACUUUUAAGCACAUCCGAUGACUUUUUCCUGAAACUACUAAAAUGCUGUUGAAAUGCUCAAAUUUGGUCCGAUUGACAGCCUGUAUGUACCCCUCUGGGCCCACCAACACAGAUUAUCCCUCAGGAUAAUCUUUCAGAAAUAACUGACAAUAUCUGGACCUUUGUUGACUUUGAUCAGAAAGGUGUGCAAUGGAGGAAAAAUACUCAAAUUAGGUCUAACUGUUGGGAUGUGCGUACCCUGCUUAUCCCACAUCACACGAGAUAAUCGGUCAGGAUGAUCAUUGCCAGACUACUGAUAAUCAAGCAAUUAUGGCUUGAAAUGGAAGGAAUGAAAACGCUCAACUUGGCACGAUUAUCAGCAUGUGUACAGUGCUUUACACAGGAUUAUCAAUCAGGAUAAUCGUUUAGAGACACCCGAUAAUUAGGCCUUUGUUGACUUUGAUCGGAAGGGAGUAAAAAUACUCACAUUUGGUCUGAUUGUUUUUACACCCCGUGACCUGACACCACAGGUUAAUUGUUUAGAGGCAUCUUUUAAUAAGGCCUUGACCGACGUUAAUAAUCACAAAGGUUUGGUCAGAUUAUCGGUAUGUGCAUAGUGAAGGAAUUUUCCCGUACGUCACCACAUACAACGGGACAGGGUUAGAAAAGCACAGCUCUCAGGACCGACCGCCAGCCAGCCUCGUGUUACAUUUUGCACAACCGACCAACCACAUCACUUUUGUUGCGUCAAGUCUCGAUCUAUGCUUAUUUUCCUCACUUUCAGUCUCACGCCAACAUCUACAUGCUACCAUUAGGGUCCCAAAUUCAAAAUAUGUGCAAACGUCGCAUUCCAAUGCACCAUUCUUUGCGCAUGCCACUGAAGAUGAAAGACACCCCCACCCUCAACGUAGUGUCGCCUUUAAUGACCCUUGUGGAAACGUCAGAGUCUGGUGUGGUUCAGUGCAGCCUCCUUCUCCUGUUAAUCUUGUGUCAAGCCAUGCCAAAACAAUUUCUACUCACUUGUUUUUUUAAUGCUCUUAAAGAGGCUUGACAUUGUUUUCUUAGGAUUUUUAAUAUUCACGCUUUUCAACAAUGUUCCCCUCACUGUUGUUGUUGUUUUUCUAUCCCGGUGCUACACAAGUUGACAUGAUACCAUUGCCCCAUAGAGUCAGUCCAGUACGAGUUGAUUUUAACACAAGCAAAGAAAUAGAGCAUGUAAAUGUUAACAUGAAUACUUUCGAUGUGCUGUAGGAAUACAAGUGUGGAAUUGAUUAUAUAUAUAAAAAAAAAAGAACAUUAACAAUGAUGAUAACUGAAUUCCACAGUUAAUUUAUUCUUUUCUAAUACAAAUUUGUAUAGUAACUUUACAUUUUUCAAAAAGCGUGCCGUUGGAAAAGUGGUGGAAUUUUUUUUCAGAGACGUUGUCGCUGGUUCAGGAGAUGAACACAAAUAAAUUAUUGAUGAAUGUU